GAGAUGGAACUGGGUACAGAACCGUUGUUUAGGGUUCUGCCUGCGAGUGCUUCCCUGUCUCAGCAACGCUGCCAUGGACCCUGUGGCGAAUCCCCGUGGCUUCACUUGGAACCAGAGCACCCUGGGCUUAAGUAUCCACAGUACCAUAGACACACUGGUGAUGACAUUCUACCUCUUGCUGGUUCUGUGCGUCGGGAUGUGGGCUUUACUGACACAUAGUCGUGGGACAAUAAAAGACUUCUUCCUGGCUGGACAAAAUCUAGCAUGGUGGUUGAUGGGCAUUUCCAUCUAUUCUUCAAAUAUUGGCAGUGGGCACUAUAUGGCCUUGGCUGGCACAGGUGCAGCUUCAGGAAUUGCUGUUGGAGCCCUCGAAUGGAAUGCUAUAUUUAUGCUCUUUGUGCUUGGUUGGAUAUUUGUGCCUAUUUAUAGCAAAGCUGAGGUGGUGACGUUGCCGGAGUAUCUGAAGAAGAGGUUUGGCAGCCUCCGGAUCCAGCUGUUCUUCACUUUCACUUUCUUAAUCGUAUAUAUCUUCAGCAGAAUAUCAAUGGAGAUUGGCUUUGGCGCCAUGUUCUUGAAAAUGGUUUGGGACACUGAUAUUUACCAAACAAUGCUGACCGUGCUGACCAUCACUGGCAUGUAUGCGAUCACAGGUGGCCUGGCCACUGUGGCUUACGUUGAGACCUUCCAAGCUGGCAUUAUGGUUUUGGGCUCAGCCUUGUUAAUGGGUUAUGCCUUUUAUGAAGUGGGAGGGUAUCAGGAGCUGGUGAGUAAGUACUCGGAAGCCAUCCCAAGUAAGAUCCAGCAGGGGAACUGGACUGCCAAGCCAGAGUGCUACAUGCCUCGUCAGGAUGCCUUCCAUAUCUUCCGAAGCUGUGUCUCUGGAGACAUCCCUUGGCCUGGACUCAUCUUAGGAGGCACUACUGUCUCUCUGUUCUAUGGGUGUGCUGAUCAGGUUUCUGUCCAGCGGUUUCUGGCAGGAAAGAGCAGGCUUCACAUGGAAGGUGGCUGCCUCUUGUGCGGCUACUUAAAGCUGCUGCCCAUGUUCCUCAUGGUAAUGCCGGGGAUGAUCAGCCGUAUCCUGUUCCCAGAUCAAGUGGCAUGUGUUGUGCCUUCAGAAUGCCAGAAGUUCUGUGGCCAAGGAACCGGCUGUAGUGCCCUGGCUUACCCAGUGCUGGUCUUAGGAGUGAUGCCUCCUGGCCUGCAAGGCUUUAUGCUGUCCACAGUGUGCGCUUCCCUUAUGUCAUCCUUAACCUCCAUUUUCAACAGUUCCAGUGCCCUGUUCACACUGAACAUUUACACCUGGAUUCGGCCCACCGCCACGGAGAAGGAGCUCAUGAUAGCUGGCAGGUUUUUUGUUAUAAUCUUGCUCGCGGUCACCAUUGUCUGGAUCCCCAUUAUAGAAAUGGCACCCAGUGAGACACUGUUUGAGUACAUGCAGGUCCUUAAGAGCUGCUUGACCCCAAGCGUGACUGCCGUCUUUCUGCUGGCCGUGUUCUGCAAGAGGGUGAACGAGCAGGGCGCCUUCUGGGGGCUGAUUCUGGGAACCACAAUUGGUGUCUUCCGACUGCUGGCCGAGCUUUUCUAUAGACCCGUGACCUGCGGGGGAGAGCGACAGUGUCCCAUGUUUAUCUGCAACCUCCAUUACCUCUAUUUUGGCUUUUGCCUUUUCUUGGUCACCAUUCUGGUCAUACUGGCUAUUUCCUUAUUCACGGAACCGAUUCCAGAUGAUCAUCUCCAUGGUCUCUGCUGGAGUUUACGUAACAGUCCACAGAGGAGAGUGACUCUAGACAAAGAGAUGAGGUGGAAGACCUUCCCCAGCUUCUCAUCCCAGCCAGGUAUGUUCGGGGAGGCCCACACCUGCUUCUGGAAGUUCUGGGACUUGUUCUGUGGUCUCGACUCACAGCCCAAGUCUAAGACAGGCCCUGAGAACACCACCAAAGAGGAGUUAGAGGAAACCUGGAAGCAAAUGGUGACCAACGAGACGUCAAUGGCCUUAGAGAUUCUGUCCAGGAGAAUGGCAUCUAGAAAGAGCGAGGAUCACAUAGACAGGAUGAAAGACUGGAGCGACGAGCUGGAGAGCCACUUCUGGAAGAGAGUCGUGCAGGCUAGCGCGAUCCUAUUGAUCCUGCUUCUCAUUGCUGCUCACGUCUAUUUUGCAUGAUGACUCAGGUCUUGUUGCCUUUCCCAGACUGCCUGCCUCAUCACGGAGGGAUGAAGUGUUUCCUUUAUAGAGACCCAACAAUAUGGGGGUCCAAGACCACACCAAUGAACGCUGGCUCUCCCUCGGCAAGCACUAACAGCUGACGCGCAUGCGUGGACAAGAGACAAAGCCAGAGAGAACAUGCGCUCCUCUUGGAGGCGAACCCUCGUCUCUAAAUUUCUUAGGCAUUACGGGCUUUUCCUUUUAAAAUUUAAUGCUGGCUUUAGAAAAAAAAUCUAUAAUAUUUUGAGAUAUAUUUUAAAAAUCUCCCCACUCAAUAUUGCUUUGUUCUCUAUGAAAAUGGGAGGCAUGGUCCAGCUGAAAGAUGCCUGUCUUGCCGCAGUCUCUCGCCCACAGGUGUUGAAUCAAUGCCUACGAUGACCACUCAGGCGACCAAGGAACAACAGCUCCCUCCUUGGUGCAAACUUCAGCUGCUCAGGAGUGCUCUAAAGGAGUUGGUUCUUAAACCACUUACUGGCUUCUAUUCCUCUAAUUCCCUUGAGGGUAGAGGGAGGGUCCACUCCUUUGCUAUGAGCUCUCCUUAGCUACACCCCGUUUCUUACAUUAAGAGUGGGGCUUUAUAGGUGAGAUUCUUUUUAGUCGACAAUGUCCAGGCACUCCUGGGCUAUGUCUCUAUGGGAAUCCCCUAAACUUCUCUUUCUUCUUCUCCGAUCAUAAUAAAUGAUGUGUGUCGUUAGCAAAACUU